ACUGAACACAUAUUCGGUUGCUACAGCGCUGUCUCCUCUGCAUCCGCACAAUAGGAUCUCUCUUAUCCAGGUCGGAUAACCGUCAGUCCUGAGAGAUCACUCGAACGUCAAACUCGACGAGUCCUGUGAUCAAAGAUAGGCAUAUCAAUCGGAGACUAUCAUAAUCGGGACUGCCCUCUGAACCUACCAUGGACCUUUCUGAGAGGAAAAAUACUGACCUUGACGCUUCGGCCGGUAACCUGGAACCUCGUCACCUUGGCCCCGUCUUUGAAGAAAAGCCGGAUCAUGACUUUCACUACAAAACUUUGAGUUGGCAGUUUGUGGCUCUACUUAUGAUUGCGGAGAUCGUCAGCAACGGCAUGCUUUCCCUGCCGUCUGCGCUUGCUGUUGUUGGGAUUGUACCCGCCGUCAUUCUGAUUCUGUACUUCGGUGUCUUUGCCCUGUAUACAGCAAAACUUUUGAUCGACUUCAAGUUGAAUCAUCCGGAGGUCCAUAACAUGGGGGAUGCCGGAUACAUUCUGGGUGGUGUUGUGCCUCGGGAAAUCUUAUCUGCUGGGACGAUCAUCUUUGCAAUUUGUGGAACUGGUUCCGAGCUGUUAUCUGGCCAACAAGCGCUCUCUACUCUGACCAACAAUGGCUUGUGUGCUGAGUUUCUGCUUCUGAUCUUUGCAGUGGCGACACUUUUGGUUGCUCUGCCCCGAACACUGGACCGCGUGAGCUCGCUUGGUCUCUUCAGUGCCUGUAUCAUCACAAUAUCGGGGCUCGUUGCCAUGAUCGGUGCUGGCGCGAAUCCUGUUCCCGAUCGAGUUCUGAGUGCCGUUGUGUCGACCUCCUUCUACCAGGCUUUUCUGGCCAUUACUAAUCCAGUUUUUGCUUUAGGACAUUUCAUGUUCUUUAUUCUCAUCUCUGAAAUGAGGAGACCUGAGGAUGCUAUGAAGUCAUGUGCCUAUGUGUUUGUUGGAAAUACGGUGGCCUCCCCCGCCCUUUUUUCCUUGCCUCCAGUCUGGUCCAAAGUCACUUUUGGCAUUGCAAUCGGAAACUUUCUGAUAGCUGGAGGGCUCUACUCGCACACCGCCGCCAAGGUCGUUUUCAUCCGAUAUUUCAGGAACACCCGACACGUAUAUAAGCACACCCUGGUUGGAUGGAUAGCUUGGACAUCGCUGUGCCUUGCAGCUGUUGCCAUAGCAUACGUUUUUGCUAUUUCCGUGCCUAUCUUCUCAUAUCUCAUCGGGAUCGCCGCGUCCCUGUUUGCUUCGUGGUACACUUAUGGGAUUGCGGGAUUCUUCUGGAUCCACGACGCAUACCAUUUGAAAGGCGGGUGGGCAUCGUUCCGAAAGCAGCCCGCGCAAGCAGCCCUUGCUGUCUUCACAGUCGUGGCUGGUGCGUUUAUCUGUGUAGCAGGGACAUUCGUGUCCAUCAAGGAAAGUGCAGACCCGACAACUGUCUCUUAUAUAUUGAAUCCCCCCGCGCAGCUCAUCGACGAUGCAUACAAGAGCAAUCUGAUCAAUGCUACCCAAAUCUUGUUCCUGCUCCCACUAGCCAUACUGCCUUUCGCAUGGUCGUCCCGAUUGUACUCUGCUGGUGUUCGGUACACCAAGAGCUCGUUCUGCUGUCUCCUCAUUCUCAUGAAUCAGUGGUUCGCCCCGACCAAGCUAAUCAUCACAUUCGAGCGGGACGGGACGGGAAGGUUCACAGAUGAAGAAAUCGAGCGAAUCGUCGUGAAGGAUGACUCAGGAAACGUGGUCGCCCUCGAUCUUCCCAACCGAUUCAUCCUCAUUGCCAAUCAUCAAGUGUACGCGGACUGGCUGUACGCCUGGACACUGACGUAUUACAUCGGGAAUCACGGAAUACACGAUUCCGUUUACAUUGCGCUGAAGAAGAGUCUACAAUGGCUUCCGAUAUUAGGCUGGGCGAUGCGAUUCUACAACUUCAUCUUCCUUGCCCGUUCAUGGGUCUACGAUCGUGUGCAGCUCUCCACGCAUCUGGCGGCCUUGGGCAAGAUUGCAGAACGUGAACAACGACCCUUCGUCUUCUUCCUAUAUCCUGAAGGCACUGUCGUAUCACCGAACACGAGGCCUAUCAGCAAGAAGUUUGCCGAUAAAAUGGGAAUCGUGAGCUUCGCUGAAUUCGCUUGGGCUGACGAUGCUGACGAGAAAUGUAAGGAUGACAUGACGAACGUCCUGCUGCCUAGGUCCACAGGCCUACACUUCACCUUGCGAGCUCUGGCUCCCCGCAUUCCAGAUUUGAAACUGUUGGACAUUACCACAGUCUAUCCCGGCAUACCACCGCUGGGAUAUGGGCAAGAAUACUAUACCUUGCGCUCAAUAUUCUUUCAUGGCGUUCCACCGCCGGCGAUCCAUUUCCAUCUGCGACUGUUCGAUGUGGCGACCGAAGUCCCUGUAGGCGAUCUAGCACGGACAGUGUCCAGCCCAGGUGCCACUCCUAAAUCCUCCGCUGAGGUGGAUAUCCCGGAGACAGAGAAGGCCGUGUUCGAUGCAUGGCUGCGAGCGCUGUGGAAGGAGAAAGACCUGAGCAUCACCCGAUGGUUCGACAAGGCUUCGUUUGCGCAGUCCAGUUUCGCCAUCCCGCUCAGGUUACGUCGGAAACGAGAAAUCUUCGAUGCAGUGGGCUUCUUUCCCGUCGCAGUGUUGGCCCAUUUGGCAGAAAGACUAAUAGACCCGUUGUUUCCUCCUUGUAACGCAGCUCGCUGGUCCUCGAUCUUUUUCACCAUGAACCUGGAAAUAGUAAAUCUCAAACCAGAAGUCAGCCAGCUUAGCAUCUUCGGAGGAAACGACCCCGAACCUUUCAACGCAAUUGGCCCUGGGAAAGCAUGA